AUGACGGAAAUCUCAUCAAUCAGUAACAACAUACCAGAAGUUAAUAACUCAUCGUGUACAAGUCCCAGCACUACACGUAAAAGAAAUAAACCAACUUUAGUUUGUACCAAUUGUAAAAAGAAAAAGAUCAAAUGUGAUAGAAAGAAUCCAUGUUCUUCUUGUGUUAAGAUGAAUGUAGGUUAUACAUGUACUUAUGAAUCAAAAUUCAAAUCGGUUGAGUUUAAAGCUACUAAAAAAAAAAAAUCAUUUUCCCCAGAAAUCAAAUCGCAACCCGAUAAUCUCGAAUCAUUACCACUACAAGAUGAAUUACUCCGAUUACAAUCUAGAGUAAAACAACUUGAAUCAAUUUUAGGUAAACAAAAACGACCAUCCAAAACAAAACCAUAUACACGAAAUCAACCUAUUGAAUUUCCAACUAAUCCAAUUACGCCAAAUCCUAUAGUCAACGAUGAUGAUAUGAUAAAUAUUUAUGAAGGUUAUACUCCUUUACAGAUGAAAGGAAAUAUAAGAAGAAUUAGUUAUGGUCCAUUAUCAUGGGUUGCAAUUGUUAAAAAAGAUCCUUAUUUAUGUUUGACUUGGAAAAAUUAUUGCAAUAAAAGCAGUUACUCAAUUAUAAAUACAAGAUUACCACAAUUUACUUCAGAAAAUAUAUCUGCUUUGAAAUCAAAUUAUGAAAAAUUGAAGGAUUCAGAUAAGUUUUUUCAAAAAAGGUUUUUAGAAUUAGAAGGUUUCAAUGAAAUUAUUCCUUAUAAAUCAUUAACAAAAAAUGAAAUUAUUAAUGAUACCAAGUCAGAAUCCAAAAGACCAACUUUUACAGAAAUAAGCCUCGCCAAAUCUAUAUUUGAUGGUAGAUUAGAUCCAGAAUUACAAUUAAUUGAAAAGAUUAAAAUCAUUUCACCAAAGAAGAAGGUAUUUUGGGUUUUAAUAGAUAGAUGGUUUAAAUCUGUAUAUAAUUUUUUUCCAUUUUUAGAUGAAAAGUCAUUCAAGAAAGAAUUGGUCAAAAUUUUUGGUCCUGUAAGUUAUGAAGAUAAACCAUUUGAUAAAGUUAAAAUUGAGAAAAAAUUGGAUUUAGCAAAUUGUGCAAUUUGUUUUAUAUUACUUAGAAUGACAUAUUUAUCAUUAUUUUCAAAUAGAGAUUGUGUAAAUGCAAGUAUCAUGAAAAGUGAAACAGAGUCAAUUGAAAAAUAUUUAUUUCAACAUCCAAUUAAUAUAUCUGUUAUUGAAGUUGCAAAUUCAUGUAUUCAAUGUUUUCCAUUCACAAGAAAAUCAAAUUUAAAUGUUUUUCAAGCUGUAUUAUAUAUGAGGAUAUAUCGAAAUGUUGCUCCUGAAGAAGGUGAUGGAGUAGAUGGAGGAGAUUCUCAAGUUUCAACUGCUUUAUUAAUUCAAAUGGCAUAUAAUCUUGGUUUAAAUAGAGAACCAUCAAAAUUCAACGAUCUAUGUAAUGAUGAAAAGACGAAUCAUUUAUCAAGAAAGAUAUGGAGUUAUUUAUUGCGAUCUGAUUUAAUGUUAUGUUAUACACUCGGUAAUCCAAAGACAAUUAACAAGAAACACUAUGAUAUUAAAACUCCAUAUGUAACCAAGGAAAAUUCAAAUAUUGAAGAUCUUGAAAUGGAAACCGCAAUUGUGGAUACAUUUGUAUAUUUAGAAAAUGAAUUGGCUUAUAUUUCAAAAGUUGUUGAUUAUAUUUUAGAUAUUAAUAAUAGUUCUUCUGUUAAUCAAUUGUCAACAGAUUUACAUGCAUUUGAAAAAGUUUUGCACAAUUUUUUUAAUGUUGUUGGUAAUCCUACUGCUGAAAUAUCAAUACAAUCAACUCGUCCAGAUAUUGUGUUGUAUUAUCAGUCUACAAAAUUGAGAAUUUUUUUAUCAUCAAAAACUGCAUUAAUAGCGUUUUAUCAUUUAAUUUAUUUGCAUUAUGAAAAAAUUUUAGAUAAUGAAUUAUCAUUUUUUUAUCUUUGUAAAAUUUAUCAAAUUGGAACAAAAGAUUUAGUACCACAAAUAAGAGAGAUUUUACAUGGAAAAUAUAGCUCACUUGGGUUGAUUUUGAAUCCAAAUUUACAAUUGGCAAUUCAUAAAGUAAAUUCAUUCAAUAUGUCAUGUUUAGUACGAGUCAAUUAUAAUUUACGAACAAUGGAGAAUAAUAAAAAUCAUCCGUCUCGAAUGCAAACAGAUUUAAAUUACGCUGAACAUUUCCAUAAAUUAUCAAGUAUUUCAAAUAAUGUUAGAAGAACAUCAGAUUUAACGGCUAGAAUUUUAGCUAGAAUUGGAUCUCGUUAUUAUUAUGCAUGGAGAACGUCAAAAGCUCAUGCUGGUUUAAUUCAAGCUUUAUCUGAUCCUGAUUUUUACGAUAAACAAACAAGUUGUAUGAAAAAAAUUAAAGCAUUUCAAUUUACACCUACUCAAUUAAAUGAAUGCGAUAAAUUAAUUCAUACAUUGGGUAAACAAAUGGAAAAAUUAGUUUAUUAUAAAGAUACAAUAGAUGGACAAAAUUAUGAUUCAUCACCACCAAAUGAAUUUGAAAAAAUUCCAAUUGUCGCAUCUGAAUUUACAAAACAUACAAAUAAUAAUAAUACAAAUUCUGCAACUUCAACAGUUUCAAAUGAAUUAAUAACACCAAGUUCAAUUAGAUCUCCAUUAUUAGAUACUAAUAAACAAGACAGUAAUUAUAUUGACCAAAUGUGGUUAUCUAUGGUUGCUAUGAAAUAUGAUCCAACACAAUUUACAUUAAAUGAAUAUGAGGAUUUAAAUUUAUUAAAUUCAGUUAAUAAUUCAAAUAUUUUACCUCCUAUUAAUUUAAUGAAUGAAACAUCACCAUCUACAAUUAAUUUACAAGCUCAAGAUAAUUCAAAUCAACCACAAAUAUUACCUGAUCAGAAUGAUUUUAAUCUAUUAUUUUACAAUACUGAGCUAGAUUUAAUAGAUAAUUAUAAUUUAGAUCAUUAA